UGUUGUUUACUUUUUUCCUCAUGUGUUGUGGCUUUUGCAUUACCCUGACCUGGCAUGUUACCAGCUCUGGCUGCCUAUAAAGAGAAAGCCCAGACUAUUGACGCAGCUUUCAUCCAGCAUUCUGGUGCAUCCAGUGCAGUUUAGCCUCCUAUGGAGCUGAUGUCUGCUUGCGAAUGGGCAAUGACUCCUGUAAGACUAGACGCCAUAGCUGAACUGGUCACUGCGCCCCUAAAUGCCACGGUAGUGGAAUCACUGGUCUGCUCCAUGGCAACAAGAACUCUGAUACUACUUGUGUGUGUGCUGCUGGUCACCUGGAGCUGCAAGAAGAAAAACGUACCAGGUCCUUCCUUCUGCCUGGGCUUGGGGCCACUCAUGUCAUAUGUGAGAUUCAUGUGGACCGGCAUUGGCACAGCUAGCAACUACUACAACAAGAAGUAUGGAGACAUUGCCAGAGUAUGGAUCAAUGGAGAGGUGACGCUUGUAAUCAGCAGAUCUUCAGCAAUCCACCAUGUGCUCAAAAGCAGAAACUACACUUCACGCUUUGGGAGCAAACAGGGACUCAAGUGCCUUGGCAUGAAUGAGAGAGGCAUUAUAUUUAACAACAAUGUAGAUCUGUGGAGGAAGAUACGCACCUAUUUCACCAAAGCACUGACAGGUCCAGGAUUGCAACAGACACUGGACGUGUGUGUUUCCUCAACGCAGAAUCACCUUGACGCUCUGGACAAUCUGAACUUUGUGGAUGUUCUCAAAUUGCUGCGUUGCACUGUUGUCGACAUCUCCAACAGGCUCUUCCUGGAUGUUCCCAUUAAUGAGAAGGAGUUGCUAGUGAAGAUUCAUAAGUACUUUGAGACAUGGCAGAAUGUGCUGAUCAAACCCGACAUUUACUUCAAGUUAGACUGGAUUCACCAGAGGCUUCAAACAACUGCCCGAGAGCUGCAGGACGCCAUAGACGACUUGGUAGAGCUGAAGAGGAGAGACGUCAAGCAGGCAGAUAAACUGGACCACAUCAACUUCACAGCAGAACUCAUAUUUGCACAGGAUCAUGGUGAGUUGUCUGCAGAGGAUGUCAGGCAGUGCGUGUUGGAGAUGGUCAUAGCCGCACCGGACACUCUAUCCAUCAGCCUCUUCUUCAUGUUGCUGCUUCUCAAACAGUACCCAGAUGUGGAGCUGCAACUGCUUCAGGAGAUAGACACUGUUGUUGGCAAGAACCAGCUUCAGAACAGAGAUCUUCAGAAGCUGCAGACGCUGGAGUGCUUCAUCAACGAGUGCCUACGCUUCCACCCUGUGGUGGACUUCACCAUGCGUCGAGCCCUGUCUGAUGACGUUAUUGAAGACUACAAAGUGCCAAAGGGCACAAACAUCAUCCUCAACACAGGGCGCAUGCACCGCACUGAGUUUUUCCUCAAACCAAGUGAAUUCAGUCUGGAAAACUUUGAAAAAAAUGCCCCUCGUCGCUACUUUCAACCUUUUGGAUCAGGCCCUCGAUCUUGCGUUGGCAAGCACAUUGCCAUGGUGAUGAUGAAAUCCAUCCUGGUGACACUGCUCUCCCAGUACUCUGUGUGCUUCCACAUGGGCUUGACCCUGGACUGCCUCCCACAGACCAACAACCUCUCCCAGCAGCCUGUGGAGCAUCGACAGGAGGCUGAAAAUCUCAGCAUGAGACUGUUGCCCAGAAAGAGGGGUAGCUGGCAAACACUCUGAGAUGCUGCCCUGCUGAUUUUCUACAUUUAUACAUACUAUCUUUGUAUGUAUAAACUAUAGUAUAAACUAUACUAUUAUAUUAUAUACAUUAUAUAUGCAGUACACUACAUAACAUGCAGUAUAUAUACAGUAUUUUCUCUCUCUCUCUCUCUUUCUCUCUCUCUCUCUCUCUGUAUAUAUAUACAGAUAUGAGAUCUGUGCGUGUGUGUAAAUCAAUCUGUGCGUGUGUAACCAGAUUUACACACAGUAUAUAUAGUUUCUACACAACAGUUUAAAAGUUUGGGGUCACCCAGACAAUUUGUUGUAAAAUUAAUGGAAAAUAUAGUCUCAUUGAAAAGGUUAAAAAUAAUGAUUUGUAUUUGAAAUAAUAUUUUUUUUUAAUCCUCAAACUUUGCUCUCGUCAAAGAAUCCUCCAUUUGCAGUAAUUACAGCAUUGCAGACCUUUGGCAUCUGUAUGUUAAUUUGUUGAGGUAAUCUUGUAAUCUGGGUUUCUGAUGCAAUAAGUAGACACAUUGUACCAUUACUACACUGCAGUCACAGUUGCUGGAAAUGUGCUUCUAUACACCUAAGUAAAUAUUGCAGCAAAAAUCAGACAUUUGCAGCUAGAAUAGUCAUUUACCACAUUCAUAAACAGUGUAUUUCUGAAUCGUUCAUUGCAAAACAAGUGCCUUCCUGUCAAAAAUAAGGACAUAUCUAAGUGACCCGAAACUUUUGAAUGGUAGUGUAUAUCUUUAUUAUUAUAUUCUAUUACUGUACAAAGGUCUGUUUUAUAUUGUUGUUUUGUAUUACAUGUGUCUUUUGUAUUACAAAUGUCUAUGAGAACUAACUAAAAUAUAAAUUAUUGUAAU